AUGGCCCCUAAAACCGCCAAUUCCCCCGAACGCGUCGCAACCAUCAUGCUAUCAUGGCACUCCCUCGAACUCGUCUCUUGCAGCACCUUACAGACACUGUGGGCAGGAUAUGGAAGAAUCUGUGCCAUCACUGCCCGAGCCACGACCGAAGAUGCAGCUCGGAAACUCGACAAGCUUUGUGGAUUGGAAUCCGGGGUCGUUGGGACCAUUUACCCUCUCGUCCUAAAGCUCAUAUCGCCUCCGAGGAAUAAUAGCACUAGCAAUGCAGACGAGGGACACUUGCGAAAAAUGCUGAGCUAUGAGGUGGAGCAAUAUUUCUAUACAGAUGUGGUCCCGCUGCUGGGUGACGAUAUUGCUGUUGCCAACUGCCUUGCGUCAACACGCGGCAUGAGCGGCCAUGGCGAGUGUGAAGAAGAGCUCAGAGGUCUGAUGGCUACUAUUAUGGUCGAUCUGCGACCAAAGUUUCCUGUAGUUGGAGGGAGGAGGGGCGCGUUGAAUUGCACACAAGUCUACGCAGCUCUGGAUUGGCUCGCCAGAUUCCACGGCCGCUCUUUAGGAUUAAAACCGAGCAACCUGGAUGACUAUAUUUUGCCUCCCCUCCUAGAAUCUACUAAAAGACAAAGUACCGGAAAGGUCCGAAGCGGCCUUUGGCUUAAUGGAGGCUAUACGUAUCUUGCGACACGAGGCAAAGAGUACGCUUCUCUGGUUGAGGAUAACUCGGAUUGGACAGAAGCUUUGUGCAGCAGCUUCGAAGGCUCGUAUGAGUCAGUCGCCGAGCUAGUUGCACUCUUCCUGAACCCACGUGGAAGGGCAAUCGAGUCUUAUAUCCACGGUGACGUCAAGUCGGAGAACCUCUUCACGACCUCAGAUGGAGAAAAUGUGGCGUUCUUCGAUUUCCAAUACGUCGGACUAGGUCUUGGGGUGUGUGACCUCGCCAAGCUUUUCACUUGUUCGGUGCCUCUGCAUAUGCUUGUUGAUACGCAUGAGCCUUUGCCAGAUCAACUGACAAUGGGUGAUGGCGAGAGGCAACUGCUGGAGAGGUACCGCACCAGUUUUCUCCAGAACAAGCUAUCCGUUCCGUACGAAUGGGAAGACUUUAAAAGACACUGGGAAACGGCUCUCGUUGACUGGUGCAGAUUCCAGGCCUCAUGGGGCUUUUGGGGGAAUACCGAGUGGCUUGAAGCUCGUGUGAAAUCGAUUCUGGGCGACCAGCAGUGGAGAAUCUGGUUACGACAGAAUACCGGAAACCGGCCCAGUCAACAAAAAUAG